GUAAUUAGAUGAGAAUUAUUUCACUACAGAAUGAGCGCACUUGUCUAACCGUGUUCAAGGGAACAAAAUUAUGGAUUAUAAUGGAAUAUCUGGGCGGGGGGUCGGCGCUGGACCUGAUGAAGGCUGGCAGCUUCGAGGAGAUGCACAUAGCGGUGAUCCUCCGGGAGGUGUUGCGAGGCCUCGACUACCUGCACUCAGAGAGGAAGCUGCACAGAGACAUAAAGGCUGCUAACGUACUGCUCAGUGAAAUGGGCGACGUCAAGCUGGCUGAUUUCGGUGUGGCGGGCCAAUUAACGAACACGACAAGUAAACGCAACACGUUCGUGGGCACACCGUUCUGGAUGGCGCCGGAGGUGAUCAAACAGUCGUGUUACGACAGCAAAGCCGACAUCUGGUCGCUCGGCAUCACCGCCAUAGAGCUGGCUAAAGGCGAGCCUCCCAACUCAGAGCUACAUCCCAUGAGGGUGCUCUUCCUCAUACCCAAGAACAACCCUCCGCAGCUGACAGGCAGCUACUCAAAACCGUUCAAAGAGUUCGUCGAGGCGUGCCUGAAUAAGGACCCAGAAAACAGACCAACAGCCAAGGAAUUAUUAAAGUUCCAGUUUAUCCGGAAGGCAAAGAAGAAUUCGUAUCUAAUGGAUCUUAUAGAUAGGUAUAAGAAGUGGAAGGCGCAGCGGAGCGAGGAGAGUGAAACCGAGUCAGAGAAUUCAGACUCAGAGGAGUGUCGGAGUGGUGACAGCGAGGCAGACGAGCCCUGGAUCAUGACGGUCCGGGGUGGAGCGCUACAGCCGCCCGCAGAGCGCGACAACAAGCGACGCAAUAACCACCACGACGAUAAUGUGACAAGUCGCGAGGCGGUGGUGGCCGGCGCGGGUCCGAAGCAGAACGGCGCGGCCCCGUGCGCCCGCGCCCGCGCCCGCGCCCGCGCCCGCGCCGCACGCCGCGCACGCGCCGCACGCACUCAACAACAACACGCCAGACAAACUAGCCGGCAGUCGUCGAACGUGCAAGUGAACGCGGAACAAAGGAGCACGAAGGAACGCGAACGCGACCGAGGCGACCGCGACGAACGCAAGGAGAGAACUGAACACCAGCCCUCCAACAGGGAUAGCGUAGUCUAUAAUAAAAACGCCACUCCUCUGGACGAUAGAGGAAGAAACAGCGAAGAGAACAAAGUGAAGAGGCAUCCGUAUUUGCAACAACUUAUAUACCCACUACUCAAUGAGCUGUCCCGCAAGCACGGGUCAGGUAGUGCGGCCGCUAUAGAGGAACUGCGGCGCGCCUUCGAGCACGCAGAGCGAGCCGCGCCACACCUCACUCGGGCGUUCGUACAACAGGUGGUGCAGAGGGUGGCGACUCAGUCGCAUCAACCGUCGACUCCCUCCCACACUCCUCCCUCGCAGCAGUGGAUGAGGUAG